AUGGAAUAUAAUUUUCAGAAAUAUAACAGCACAGCUGUGGAUACUCUGAAUACAUCAUAUGAUUAUAGAUCAAUAAUGCACUAUUCAACGGAUGCUUUUUCAGUUAAUGGUCUUCCAACAAUCGAACCGCUUCAACCAAAUGUUACAAUCGGACAACAUGAUAAUUUAAGUUCUAUAGAUAUUCAAGAGGUUCGUCUAUUUUAUAAUUGCUUAGCUACUGGAGUCACAUUACCAACAACGACGACAACUACAACAGGUAAUCUAACUAAUAUAAAUGAUUUUUCUUUACUGAACAUGCUAACUUUGAUAUCUACAAAUGAACUAUUAUAA